UUCAAUCACAAUGGAAAUUAAUUUAUUGAUAAAUGAAAAAAUGGUUUUUCCAGUCUCUGUCUUUAACGACUCAAAGAGUAUAACUAAACAUCAUUUGGUGGGGAAUUGAAUGUUCUUUUUUUGCAAGCACACGUCAUGUAUGUAACUGCGCAAACGAAUCAGUUUAUCCGCAUCUACUCUUAGACGUACAUUCGCGGUCUGAUACUGAUCAUCAUAAAAUUAUCAAAAUGGCAAAAUCAGUUAUCUUCAUCACCAUUGUUAUAGUUUUGUGCCUAAUGAUUUUCAAAGUGCAAGCUGCACUUCCCGAAUUUGAUGCCGAAGGAAAACCUUGUAUUUGUGCUACCACUGAUGAUUUAACUUAUGUCUGUGGAACUGACGGAGAAACUUAUUCCAAUAUUUCUGAAUUAGAAUGUAGCAAUAAGUGUUUGAGGAAAACUGUACAAGUUAGAAGCAUGGGCCCUUGUGACAGUCCAUGGGAAUAAAAUGGAUGAAGAAUUUUUUUUAUACUUCGUUUCAUCUCCUAUUUAUGAUCAAUGAAUAGAUUAUUUUAUUAUUAUUAUUUAGAUUACUGAUAAUAAUCGAUAAAAAAAUUUAACAUUAAAGAUAUGAUAA